AGGCCCGGGCCCCAGCGGUGGCUCCCGGCCGCCCACUCCCGCGCGUGGUACGGCCCGGCGGGCGCCCACUCGCGGCGCUGGUUAUAAGGGCCUUGGCUGCGGCAGCCGCCUGCGGACUCGAGCGAGAUGCGUCCUAGGGGGUCGGGCCAGGGCGCCGCGGGGCGCCGCGUCAGGCCCGGGGCUCCAGCGCGAGUCACCCUCGCGCCGCGCCCCGCGGCCAGUCCCGCUCCGGAGCCCUGCGCGCGGCCCGAGCGCGGCCCUGGGCACGCACCCGCGGGGGCGCAGGCGGCAGGCUCCAGGUCCGCGUGCGUCUCGGGACCCCAGGCCCGAGCUCGCCCCACCUCCAAGGCCCCCAAGGCCGGAUCCACGUUCUCCGUUCUCCAGGGGAAUGCCCAGGCCGUGCCCCGCAGCUUGGACGCGCCAUGGACCCGCUUCAUAUUCCAGGGGCCCUUGGGUCCCCGGGCCGCUGGCCUGGGGACUGGGAAGGCGGCAGGCAUCUGGAGGACGCUUCACCCAGGGCCUGGGGUGUCGGGCCCCGACCGUGCCGCCUUCAUUCGGGAGCUGGAGGAAGCUCUGUGCCCUGACAGACACUUGCCAGUCAAGAUCACCCAAGAAGAUGUCAAAGUGAUGUUAAAUUUGCUAGAGGAGAGAGAGCGGGACCUAAAUACGGCGGCUCGCAUUGGCCAGUCCCUGGUGAAGCAGAACAGUGUUCUGAUGGCGGAGAACAGCAAGCUGGAAGCCAUGCUGGGCUCAGCCAGGGAGGAGAUUUUACACCUGAGACACCAGGUGAGCUUGCGAGAUGAUCUCCUUCGGCUCUACUCAGACUCUGAGGAGGAAGAGGAAGAAGAAGAGGAAGAGGGGGAAGAGGAAGAAGAGGAGGAGGAGGAAGAGGAGACAGAGGAGGAGGAGGAAGAGGAGGAAGAGGAGGAGCAGCAUGAUCAUCCCUAUGGAGCCUCUGAGCUGACUUCUCUGGAGGAGCCGGAGUCACUGCACUUCUGCCCACAGCUGGAAGCCCUCCAGGAUCAGCUGAGGCUGCUGGAGGUGGAGAACGAGCAGCUGAGAGAGGAGGCCUCUCAACUCGACGCCCUGGAGGAGGAGGAGCAGAUGCUCAUCCUGGAUUGUGUGGAGCAGUUUUCCGAGGCCAGCCAGCAGAUGGCAGAGCUGUCAGAGGUGCUGGCACUCAGGAUGGAGAGCCAUGACCAGCAGCGGAGGGAGGUCACCCAGCUGCGGACCCAGGUCCUGAAGCUGCAGCGACGCUGCCAGUCGUAUGGGGUUGAGACGGAGAAGUUGCAGCAGCAGCUGGUUUUGGAGAAAGAAAUCCAGAUGCGGCUCCAGGAUGAGAACCUGCAGGUGGCUUCCCAGCUGCAGGGCCUGCAGGAGAAGUACACGGAGCGUGGGGGCAUGCUGACUGAGGCCCAGGAGGAGGUGAAGACCCUCCGCCAGCAGGCCUCUGUGUCCACUGGUCCUGUCACCCACUACACAUACACCGCACCUCUGGAUGCCCUUCCUGGUUUCCAGGAGACCCUGGCCAAGGAGCUCAGAAUGUCUAUAAGGAGGAUUAUCUCAGACCCUGUGUUUUUUAUGGAAAGGAAUCAUGGAAUUACUGCAGACGAGAUGCCACACCUGGGGUACAAGCUGCGCUGCGGUGAGGCACAAGAGCAGGGACGGGGGUUUGAGGCUGAGAAGGGGUUAAUGAGAGCAGAGGAUUUUGUGGCAGAAGAUUUUGUGCCUUCCGAGGAGUCAGUACCUGAGGAAGAGCCAGGGGCUGCAGAAGAGGUGGUGCCAGCUGAUGAGAGGUCGACAGAAGAGGCAGAGCUUGUGUCUGAGGAGACUGAGGCCUGGGAGGAGGUGGAACUGCAGCUGGAUGAGACAACGAAGCAGACGAACACAGUGACUUCAACCCUGGAGGCCACAGGCUUGGGCCCCUCUCACCUAAGCAUGAAACAUGUCCUCCAGCAGCUGGCUAACUGGCAGGACUCGGGGUACAGGCGGCACCUGAGGCAGAGAAUGCUCCAGGAAGGUGGGUGCUCCCACAGGGGCCUCCCUUCGGCCAGGACAAGCUGCAGAUCAUCAAGCCUAUGAAAGUUGAGGACAGGGCCUGGGAAGAAGGAAGGUGUCCUGGGGCCACCCAGGCCAUUGGGACAAAGGCCUCUGCCAGCAAGGGUUGAAGUUGGACUAGUUCCCUGGGUAAGUCUGAAGAUGGGCUAGAGUCUCCUUCAGGGUGGCAGGGGGUGGGCCCGGGUCUCCUCUCCCCAGCUAGAAACCCCAAGGUUUGGGGAGCUGCACCUGCUUAAUGCCAGCUACAUGCUCUGCGAGUGUGAGUCCUGCCUUCCAGGAGCUCACAGAGAUACCAAGGUGAUUUAGUGACUGGCAUUGUUUCCUUUCAUACUCACACCCCCCAUAGGUAGGAGUUACCAUCCCCCUUUGUUAGGUGAGAAGCCUGAGGUUUGCAGAGCUAGAGUAGCAUGUUCAAGGUCACACAGCUCACACAGCUGGAGUGGAUCUGAGCCUGUUUCCAUCACUACGACACCAUAAGCACCAUAAGGAUUUCCUGGCCUGUCUCUCCCCUCUGACCGUGUCUGCUGCCUGCCUGGCCUGCUCAGUCAGCUGUAAAAUUUAUAGCCUGUUGUUAGCCUUACUGUCAUUAUGUGGCCAGCCCCCACUCCGAUGGCCUUGUCACUGCUGGGCAGCCUCAACAGGGUCACCAUGGAAGGUUGUGCAGUUUGUAAACUGAACGGUGACCUCGUUGGCUGGCCUGCACAACGAUCCAUCCUGGUUAUCUUUUUGAUACAGCUGACAAGGCCUCAGCCCCUGCCCACUAUCGGCCUCCAGUUCACAUCCGUUCCC